CCAACAUCUUAGCCCAUUUGAUUGACUCCAAAAGUAAAAAAAAAACAAUUCACACAGUUUUGUAUCCAUUUUCUAUUUUUCUCCUCUCGAGUAGCGUGGCGGGCGUGGACGCGGCGGCGAUGCUGCGGUCGGCGCUGCGGCGGGGAGGGGCGUCCGCGAGGCAGGUCGCGUUGGCGGGAGAAGCCUCGCCGAGAGACCUCCUCCGGAUGCGCGUGGCGGAGCGGGAGCGCGCGAGGCGGCGGCGUCGCGACCCGGGCCGCGACGAGUUCUUCGUGCCCACGCCAGAGUCGCUGGCGUGGCUCGACUCGGUCUCCCUCCCCAUGGUGCUCACCGCCGCCGCCGUGGCCCUCUUCACCAAGCUCCUCAUGAUGGAACAUGAAGCUACAGAUCAAGAAAGGAGAGAGCGCAAGAUAAAGAAUAGCCACCCUGAUCAAGGAACAGUAAGGAUGCUAUCUCGUGAAGAAUGGGAGGAGGUCCAAGAAGUCAGGCCAAGGACCCCUUUUGAAUCAAAGUUAGCUCGUCCACAUGCCCGGAUAAGAACGGGGGAGCCAGUGCGACUGGUUAGUAGAUGUUUCUUGUGGAGGAUGUCAAGGAUUGGGCUACUGAUGUAAUCGCAGAUUCUUUUACCAGAGCAGAAGAAGCUACCAAGAAAAAAUGAUUUAGAAGAAUCUAAAACACCCGGUGUAUCUGCUUUAUCGUUUCUCUGAAUCUAAAACACCCAGUUGUAACCGAGUUCUUUUACAGAUCCAUGACCAUAUGGGUAUUACGGCCACUAUGGUAUUCUGAGAGUGAAGCCCUGAGUCCCUUGGUCUAUGUUUCGGUGCACCAUGGUAAACAACUGCUUCACCCGGGCCUCUUGGAGAAAGAGCGAUAUAAUAAAGAAUACUAGGUGAAUUGACACGGUGAAAUUUCUCUUAAAA